AACAAGUGUAUAACCUAGAUUUUUAUGUUUGUAUAUUUUUCAAUUUGUUUUGGACCUUUUUUAUAUAAAUAAACAUAUUUUGUUAAAAUGUCUGGAGGAAUGUUAUAUGGUGGAGAUGAAAUUGGAGCUCUAGUGUUUGAUCCUGGUCAUCAUUCUUUGCGAGUUGGGUACGCUCAAGAAGACACUCCAAAAGCUGAAAUACCGGCUAUAGUCGGCGUAGCUCCUGAUGAAUCUCCAAAAUUGGAACCUGAAGUAAAACCCGAAGAAAACAGUGUUUCAUCCAAUCAAUAUUCAUAUAAGUACUUUAUUGAUACAAUAUAUUUACAUACUCCCCGGCCGAAUAUGGAAAUACAUAGUUACAUGAAAGAUGGCAUGAUAGAAAACUGGGAUAUGUUUGAAAAAAUUAUGGAUUAUUCAUAUGAUAAGAUAAUACAGUCAGAAUCCCAGUAUCAUCCAGUUCUCUUUUCUGAAUCUCCAUGGAAUCAAAGACAAAAAAGAGAAAAAUUAACAGAAAUUAUGUUCGAGAAAUAUAAAGUGCCAGCAUUUUUCUUAGUUAAAAAUGCUGCUCUAGCUGCGUUUGCUAACGGAAGAGCUACUGCAUUGGUAAUCGAUAGUGGAGCAACUCAUACUACAGCUGUACCUGUCUUAGAUGGUUACGUCAUAUCAAACGCAGUUGUUAAAUCACCUUUAGGUGGUGACUACCUAAUUCUCAGAGCUAGAGAAUUGCUGGAAAGCAUGGGUAUCGAUUUAGCUCCUGCAGCUCUAAUUGCAAGCAAAGAAGUAGUCAGAGAUAAGGAUAAACCGAGGUAUGUAAAGAAAAAGCUAUCUUUUCCACCAACCAAUUCGUGGAUGACUUAUAUGGUGAAAAGAACUGUACAGGAUUUUCAGCAAACUGUAUUACAGGUGUCGGAAAAUCCAUACGAUGAAAGAGCAGCAGCGAAUAUACCUGCCGUGCAUUAUGAAUUCCCCACUGGUUAUCAUCAAGACUUUGGUCCUGAAAGAUUCAAAUUAGCCGAAGGAUUAUUUGAUCAUGCUAUGUUAGGAGCAGGAUACAUAGCUGCAACAAGUGCUGGAAUGUGUGACGUUGAUAUCAGGCCAGCACUGUAUAGUUCAGUCGUUUUGACUGGAGGAAAUUCCUUAGUUCAGGGUUUCAGUGAUCGUUUGAGUCGAGAUUUAUCCUCAAGAACUCCCAGCUCGAUGCGAUUGAAAAUGAUAGCUGCGAAUGGAACUGUGGAAAGGAGAUUCGGUUCUUGGGUGGGAGGAUCUAUACUGGCAUCUAUAGGAACUUUUCAACAGAUGUGGAUGUCCAUGCAGGAAUAUCAAGAAGCGGGCAAGGCUCAGAUAGAUCGAAAGUGUCCUUGAACAUUAUAAAGUUAUUUUAUUAACACUGACUAUAAAGUAUAAGGUAAUUUUAAUAUCUAGGUACAAACCUCACAAGUAUUUUUGUGACAAUUCUUUUUUGUAAUAAAAGUUU